AUGGAAAGACGUCCGUGUUUGCUACCGUUCCUCUUCUUCGUGUCGUUCUUCCUCCUCCUGUCGGAUGCAGUCGGAGAGAGAGGGAAGACCGGAUCCAAACGCGACGGACAGCCGACGAGGAGGCGAUACCGGGUGAUCUGCCACGUGACCUCGUGGUCGGGCGAGAGGCCUCCUCCCUUCGCGUUCAAGCCGUCGAUGACGAACGCUCGGAUGUGCACCCAUCUCGUGUACAGCCAGGCCAAGAUCGGCGAGGCCGGGACCGUCGCAUCCAUCGCGUCGCACGUGGAUCUCGGACCCGAAGGAGGCUGGACCGAGGCGGCCGAGGUCAGGGAUCGCCUCGAUCCCGACCUCAAGAUCGUGCUCGCCCUUCGCAGCGGAUCCAGGGACGGCGGGAGAUUCUUUCAGGUCUCGUCUCGACGGGAGUCUCGCUCGAAACUCGUCUCUUCCAUCCUGGACGUCCUCACCCGAUUCCGCUUCGACGGCAUCGAAUUCGACUGGAACGAACCCGACGCCGAGGAGAAGACGGCGGAGACGCGGCGAGGCAUGGAAGCCCUGCUACGCGAGACUCGGGUGGCACUCGGAAGGGAAUACCUCGUCGGACUCAAGGUGUCGGGGGAUCGACAGGUGGCCGCGGUCUCCUACAACGCCUCGAACCUACAUCCUCACGCGGACUGGAUCACGGUGGCCACUUACGACCUCGUCGACCCCUCGGAUCCGCAAUUCUCUUCCUUCAAGCACCCUUCCCCCCUCUGGCCCCUUCCUCAGGUCUCCCAACCUCAACGUCUGAACGUCGAUGCCGGAAUCCGAUGGUGGGUGUCCCAAGGGGUCCCGAGCGGGAAGAUCCAGAUGGCCAUUCCGACCUACGCUCGAACCUACGCGUUCCUGCAGACGAGUCCCAGCAGAAGACAGGGCCAUCUUCCCAUCUCCCUUCGUCCGACCGGCAUCGGAGAGCGACGCGACGAUACGACACGAUUCCGACGGCUCGAAGGGAAGGUGUCGCUUUGGACUCCGGACGAAGAUAUACCGCCGAACGUGACGUACUUCUGUCGAACGGAAGACGCUCCCCGUCCGAAGGGAGCAGCUAAUGAGUCCUAUGGAAAUCGAAGGUACUCCGAGUCGGGAACUCGAGCGUAUCGGCGGGACCGAGGAGGCGAAUCGCACGGGCUUGACUCGAACGUCACGACGGAGGCACGCAGCCUCGACCCCGAUUUCCGGUCGGAUCGGGAGCGAAGACUUCGGAGGACGAGGCAUCGCACGAAGGAAGACGAUCGCAUCCUUAGGGCAGCAGCCGCGAUGGACGCACGGCGGGGUCGUCGCUCCGACCCCACCGACGUGCACCUCGUCUCACCGGGCCCGAGCCCGUCGUUCGCACGGCGAUUCCGCGUCCCCCUGGGAUUUACACGUCGUCGACGAGACGGUCUCCUGCCGCUUCCCCCCUUCCAGAGGAAGAGCGAACGGGAAGGCGACGAGAACGACGACGAGGCGAGAGAGAGAGGAGAAGAGGACGGUGUGUUGGUUUUCCUCCUGGUCCCGGACCCGUCCGGGUGCCUCAUUCGUUCCGGAGAGGAUCCCUUUUUCCUCCUGUUCUCAUCUCGUCUACGCCUUCCUCCACCUGGAUCCCGAGAACCUGGCGGAUUCGUGAAACGAGUGCGAGAAGCCCGAGACAAAAGCGGGAGUGCCACUCGGCUUUUGUUCGCCCUGGGAGGCUGGACGGAUUCUGGGAAUUCCCCCGGGUAUUCCCUCGUCCUCCGGGACGAAGGUUCGCGAUCCGAGCUGGCCGCAAACAUCAAGGACUACAUCCUCGAAGAGGGUUACGACGGGAUCCACUUGGACUGGCAACAUCCCGUCUGUUGGCAGGGGGACUGCCAACAGGGGCCUCCUUCCGACGGUCUCCACUUCUCCCUCUUCAUAAGGGAGUCUGCAGGAGACGUCUUGCUGGGAACUCCGGCACCGACGCGUGGAGACGAAGAUGGAGGCUCGGCUCGGGCCAAAGCGUACCUCAGGUACGAUGCCCCGAGGACAGACCGGGAGCAGAACCGAGAGUCGAACGACUCGGGCGAUGGAUAUCGGGAACCUGCAGACGUUCCCAUGGACUCGACCGAGAGCCACGACUCGCGGAAUAGCCUCGUGAACGCGACUAAAACCAUGCAAGUCGUGAAUCGGGAAUUGAGAAAGGAGCUGAAAGAUGCGGUGAUCUCGGUCUCUCUUCCACCGACGACGGAGAUCCUGGACCGAGGAUACGACCUUCGAGCUCUGGGAGAAAAUGUGGAUUUCUACGUGCUGGGCACGUGGGCCUUCGGAUCGCCCUGGGACAGCCACGCCCAUCACAUCUCGCCCGUCUCUUCUUCUUCUCCGUCGCAUCCCAGCAUCGUAAGGGCCGACGUAUCGCAUUUCGCUCGACGGAGCCUGUCGUCGGUCGAGGAUUCGCUCUCGACGAUGCGCGUUCUGAACCGUACCCCUCUGCGACCGAACCCGUGGAACGUCUCCGAAAAGGGAAAGAAAGACUCGACGGAACCGGCGUCACGACCGAGGCGAAGGGCGCGCCGAUUCGAGACCCCAGACGGGACUGCCAUCCCGUCGGCAGGCAUCCGAUCGUUGCCCGGGUCUAUCCGAUGCGAAGGGGAACGCGAAGAUCACGGCAGACCCCAUUCGUCUAUUUCGACGACGGGAAUCCGAGUCCUCGAAUGGAUCGAGAUGCACUCGUCCGUCGGGGAGUCUCGGCACGGCUCCGAGAGGCGAGGUGAUCGCCGAAACCGGUCUCCUCGAAUUCUACGAUCGAGCGAAGGACGAGACGAAGUCUCCGAAGACGUCAUCGUCUUCCGAGAUCUCGCGAACGCCUGCGAUGCCAUGCGUCCCGAGAGGUUGCGGGCCGGAUCGGAGGCGCACGGGAUUCGAGGUCGGACGAGUCACCCCACGGAGGGAAGGGAAGAGAGAGCGAUGACGAACCGAGUGUUCGCGGUAGUCCGGAUCGGAAUCCCCAGGGGCGAGGAGCGGGUGGUGAAAGAGGUUCUGGCGAGGGGAGCGAAGAAGGACGAAGUCGUCGUCGGGAUCCCGAGUUUCGGACAGGCUUUCCAGUCGAGCGAGGACUUGGAGACCGGGGGGAAUUCCGAGGGAUCCAUCUCGUCGGUCGGCCCCGGGUCGCCCGGUCCCUUCACCCGUCAACCGGGACUUCUCUCGUACCACGAGAUCUGUCUCAAAGUGAAGAAGGAUGGCUGGAAGAAAAAGGAAAGCACGACGGAUGCGGAGAAUGCUCUCGCCUACAAGGGAUCUCAGCUGGUUUCCUUCAAUUCCCCGUUGGACAUCCAAAGGAAGGGGGAAUACGUGAUGAAAGAAGAUCUCGGUGGAUUGGCGUUAUGGAGUCUGGACAUGGAGGAUUUCCUCAACGUGUGCUGUGAGGGAGCUUUCCCGCUGCUCGCGGCCGCCAUGCGGUCACUCGGGAAGGGGACGAAGGCGUCCAUUCCCGGUUGUGAUCCUCCCCCGGAACCCGUCACCCCUCCACCACCUUCACUCCUCCCUCCGGACUCACUCGCCACAUCAGAGGGAGAGGAGGCGGUGAUCCCCACGGGGAAAGAAUGCGAAGGCGAAGGGAGUCGACGAGAGAUUAGCGGUCAUUGUCACACCUACGAGGAGUGUCACAACGGCUUUUGGUAUCGCUUUUCCUGCCCUCCAACCAUGUACUUCGAUCCCGGUCUUCGGGUCUGCGGAUCGUCCCAGCCCAAGUCGUGUGGUGAGUCAUCAAUGAUAAAAAAAGGAGGAUAUUUCGAAGCGGAUUUAAGGCAUCGCGAAGCUCUCCCAGAGACGGAGCCCAUCCCGUACCAUGAUGACUUUUCGGAAUCCUCGGAGACGUGCCGAUUGGGAGAGGUGAAACCUUCGACGACGAGCUGCUCCGAGUUCCUGGAAUGUUCAUCGGAGGGAGUGUUUGUGAAGAAAUCUUGUCCGGUGGCCCUGCAUUUCAAUCCGCAAACUUUCACCUGCGACUGGAGUUUCCGCGUCUCCUGUCGGUUCAAAGGUCUCCCCUCCCUUUCUUUCCGUCCGUCACGAGAACGGAGAAACGCGGAUUCCACGUGUCGAGAGAAUCGUUUGCUUCCAGUGGAGCUAGGAGAGACGGCGACGAGAUGCAGCCCGGGGGAUCAGAAGGGGGUGGACCGAGACUGCGGCUCGUUCCUGCGAUGCUCAGACGGUGAAUGGCGGAAGAUGUCCUGUCCUCCUCCCCUCCUCUUCCACUGGGUUUCCGUCUCCGUUCUUCCCUCUUACCUCUUUGUCGCUCGCUCGUCCUCAACUUCUAUCUCUUUGCGUAUGCAGGACAAAAAAGUGUGCACGAGUCGAGAAAAAUCUGACUGUCCUGGAAGACUCGAAAUGGGCGAAAAGGAGGUGAAACUCCCACACACUACUGUCACUCCCACCCUUCCCCCCAUCCGUCCCACUCCACCUCCCCCUGCUCUUCUAUCCUCUUCUUACAGUCUGCCCACCGUGAAGGAGAUUCCCGGCUCCGUGACCCAGAGUAAGAAGAUGGUGGUGUGUUACUUCACAAAUUGGGCGUGGUAUCGACCCGGAGAAGCGAAGUAUAUGCCCGAAGACAUCAAUCCUACCCACUGCUCUCACGUUGUCUAUGCCUUUGCCGUCCUGGACUACUCCACGCUUCUCAUGAAGCCUCACGACUCCUGGGCCGACAUCGACAACAAGUUUUACGAGAGGGUCGUGGAACGCGGGAAGAAAACGGGUAUGAAAGUGAGUCUCGGAUUGGGGGGAUGGAACGAUUCCGAAGGAAACAAAUACAGUCGGCUGGUGAACAGUCCCUCGGCCCGAACGCGAUUCGUCCAGCAUGCCCUCCUCUUCCUCGAAAAAUACGGCUUCGACGGCCUCGACCUGGACUGGGAAUAUCCCGCCUGUCCGCAGGCGGAUUGCAAAGGUCCCGACUCCGACAAGGAGGGAUUCGCGAAGCUGGUCGAGGAAUUGAGAAUCGCUUUCAGACCGAAGGGUCUUCUCCUUUCCGCCGCCGUCUCGCCGAACAAAAAUAUCAUCGAUAAGGGAUACGACGUGAAGAGUCUGAAUCGGAACCUGGAUUGGAUCGGGGUCAUGACCUACGAUUAUCACGGACACUGGGAUAAAAAGACGGGUCACGUCGCUCCUCUCUUUCAUCACCCGCUCCACGACAUCCAUCAUUUCAAUUCUGACUUCACCAUGAAAUACUGGCUGGAGCAAGGAGCGAGUCGGGAGAAGUUGGUGAUGGGGCUCCCCCUGUACGGCCAGAGUUUCAACUUGGUCAGUCCCCAGGUCACCGGCCUCAGUGCCAAAGCGUACGGACAGGGAGAUGCCGGUCCCUUCACCAGGGCACCUGGGUUCCUCGCCUAUUACGAGAUCUGUCGGUCCCUUCGGAGCGGGAAUUGGGACGUCGUCACCGACCCCCAAAAUCGAAUCGGUCCGUUUGCAUACAAGGGGAACCAGUGGGUUUCUUUCGACGACGUCAACAUGAUCGAAAUGAAGGUGGCCCCCUUUCUCUACCGUCUUUCGGCGACCGUCUCGUCGUCUCCUCCCGUUCUCAUCGUUUCCAUCGCGUCCGUUGCAGACGAGGGGAAGCACCCUCUAAUGAACGUCAUCAAGAGCGUAUUCCUCUCCUCCCCCUCUUCUCUCCCCAUCGGUGAAGGGAUAGAAGUGGUGUCAGUGCCAGACAAGCCUAAGGACAUGACGGGGGUAGGAGGACAAUCGAUGAAAGAGGAGGGCAUCAUACCGAUCUUGGUGGUUGUAGACGCCGAGAACUCCACGAAGCCGACCACAACCACAACCACAACCACCACCACCACCACCACCACUCUUCGUCCUACUUCCAAGCCACGGCCUCCUUCGGACUCGAACGCAGCAGGCGGAGGAUGCACGUCGUCCAGAUACGUUGCAGGACCAGGUUGUGAAUCCUUCAACAUCUGCCUAUUCGGCGAUUGGAUACAGAUGUCUUGCGGCACUGGCACCUUUUUCAGCGAAACGAAGAAGAAUUUGAGCCCAAUGAAGAAAGAGACACCGGUAUGCAAGAUGAAGCAAGAAUUCAUUGGCAAGAAGAAGAAUCCCUCGACAGGACAGAGAUACGACUCGGGAGGAAUAGUAUUUCUGCAUCGUGGCUUCCAAGAGGUUGAAUCGGCAGAUGGCAUGAAGCCCAAGAUUGCAGACUUCCUCAAAUGCAAGUUGAAUAUUGAAGAACCUGGUGUCAUGCAAUAG